CUUUGCGUCUUCCUGCCAUUCAUUCUUCUAGUUGGAGCAAUGGCGAGAUAGCAUACAGCCAGCUCGACAAUGGCCGCCACUUUCUGGAAGCCUGGUACCGCAAGACCAGGCUCAUCGCUCGACCGGGCGACUGAGGCCGAGGACUUUCUCGAUGCCGGCGCAGCAGCCUCGCAGGCAGGACCCUCGAGCAGCAUUCAUGCGCAGAGGCAGCACCUGCCCAUCUUCAAGCAUAGGAAGGCCAUCCUGUAUGCCGUGCAGACAUUCCCUGUGACCGUCGUGGUAGGACAGACCGGAUGCGGCAAGACAACUCGUGAGCAAAGUACCUCUCAGCGAUAAGUAUCCCGCCUAUUCACCACCUCCUCGCCCACCCUCACGCAGAGAUCCCUCAAUACCUCCUCGAAGCGGGCUGGUCCUCGAUAG